AUGACACUUUGGGAGCAUGUCUCUCUUCACCUUUCCAUCAAGAUUAAUCUGGCUAAAGCAAAAGCGCCAGCACCGUCAUCGGGCGGAAAAGCCGCCAAGAAGAAGAAGUGGUCCAAGGGCAAAGUCAAGGACAAGGCCCAGCACUCCAUCGUGCUCGACAAACCAACAUACGACCGCAUCAUGAAGGAGGUUCCCACCUUCCGCUUCAUCAGCCAGAGCAUCCUCAUUGAGCGACUCAAGGUCAACGGUAGUUUGGCCCGCGUGGCUAUCAGACAUUUGGAGAAGGAAGGCACGAUCAAGAGGAUCGUGCACCACUCCAGUCAACUCGUUUACACACGGGUGACGACUGCAUCAGACUAA